AUGCUGCCGAUGCAGCCAAUGUUUCUCCGAGCUGGGCGCGAGGCAAGCUUCGCGCCGGCCAGCCGCACAGGGCCCGGCGUGGAGUGUGUGCACGACAAGCCACGCGUCUCAUACUUCGCACAGGGCCUCGUCGAAACUUCCAACCAAUGGGAGUGGAAGCAAAGAUGCCAAAUCAUCGAGUUCGCAGCCAUUGACAUAAUCACCGGCGAAAGCUUCAGUGUGCGAUGCCGACCUCAGUUCAGCUGGCAGGACGUCAGGUCCCAUGCAGCACGCCGCUUUGCAGAGGAGCACGGUCAUCACGAAAUCAUCGAGGAUAUGGGCUUGCCACGCUUCGAGGAAAUCUGGCACUCCGAGCUGAUCCCAUUCCUGCAGCGUGUCGCUGGGGGAACAGGGAACGUUGUGCUCCUCGCUCACAACGGGGCAGCCUUCGACGAGUUUGUGUUGAAGAAAGAGAUCGCCCGUCUUCAGCUGGACAUGUCUUGCUGCCCAACGUUGAUGUAUGUGGACCCGGUGUCCGCGGUUAAGGCACUAGACGACUGCCAUUUGCUCCUCGAUGUGCUUCGCCAUGCUCCAUAUGUGGCAGAUGCUUUGGCUGCCCAAAUCUGCAACAUGAUUGGCCUCCAUGUGCCGGACCGUGCCAGCAUGCUGCGCAAUCGAUUGCAGAACCCGUUGAACAUUCGGGACCCCCUUUCGGCUCCACGCAUAUUCGAGUACUGCGGGAAGUGGUACUUGUUGAAGACCAUGCCGUGCUGCACUGGCUGGGUCGGUUGUGCCUCACCGCCUCCCACACCCCCACCAGAUGAGACCAUGAUUCCACCACCACCGCCUCCCACACCCGCACCAGAUGAGACCAUGCGGGUCCCAGUCCCCGAGCCCACCGUCUUCGCCGCCGACCUUUGCUCCGGCCACGAUAGUUUGAAGAAAGAGAUUUCGAAGGAGAAGCGCACGAAGAAACAUCGAGCGGAUUGGUGGGAUGGCUAUUGGGGCGACCAUGGACAUGACUGGUGGGCCUGGUCCAGCUGCGGAGGUGCCAAAGGCAAAGGUGGGAAGAGCAAGGCCAAAGGCGGAAAAACGGCCUCUCCGGUGGCUGCAGCCACCCACCUCGCCCGGCGACUUCCCGAAAGCACCCAAAAGUCUGCGGAAGACACCGUGGUGGAAGCUGGACGAUUCGUGCUGGAUGGUUCCCUCCUGUCUUUCCUGUGGGUACCCAUUGGAAGCCUGGAUAGAUGUGGAUGGGCGCCCCUGGAAUUUACUCUGGUCAAGCGUCCGGAGGAGCAGGCGCGCUGGCUCUCCGAUAUGCGUGAAGGGCACGUCAGAUUGCUGAAGGACGCGCCGCUGCACAUCCGCGCUGAUCCCGAGGUGAUCUUCGCGGCGGUUGCUGCUUGCGGACAAAGCUUGGAGCAUGCCGCCGAGGCCCUUCGCGCAGAUAGAGCGAUUGCACUAGCUGCUGUUCAAUCCGACUGGCGGGCUCUGCAGUUUGUGGACGAGGCGCUGCGUGAUGACAGGCAGCUCGUGCUGACGGCCGUGAAGCAGGACUGGUGCGCUCUUCAGUUCGCGAGUGAUUCACUCCGGAGCGACCGAGAGAUCGCCUUAGCUGCCAUCUCCCAGGGUUGGGGCGCCAUUCUGUUCGUGGAUCCGUCGCUCCGUGCGGAUCCCGCCUUCUUGUUGUCGGCGCUGAAGACGGGCCAGUGCCGUUUGGAGAUAGCUGCCUGCAACCUGCGGGACAACAAGGAGGUCGUGAUGGCGGCUGUUGAGAAUCACGGCUUGUCCUUGGCCGAUGCCUCUCCGGCGCUGCAGGCCGACAAGGAGGUGGUCCUCACUGCUGUUGGGCAGGAUUGGCGAGCCUUGCGUCAUGCCUGUCGAGCAUUGCGCGGGGACCGCGAGGUCGCACGCAGGGCGGUGGGCCAGGACCCACGUGCCCUGCUCCUCACAACUGCGCAGUUGCAGGGAGACCUCAACUUCACGAUGGCGGCCGUGGCGCAGCAUGGUCGAGCCUUGGAGCAUGCCUCCAAAGCACUUCGGGGCAACCGCCAGGUGGCGAUCGCGGCUGUGAGGCAAGACGGCGAAGCCUUGGAGUUCGCUUCUGAGGAGCUUCGCGGAGACGAGGAAGUGGCCUUGGCCGCUUUGGAGCAGAACUGGAGGGCACAUCGCUAUGUUGCGCCCGGGCUUUGGCUGAAGAGCGACUUUUGCCACCGGGCUGUGCAGAGGAGCUGGCGCAUCUUAAGCAUCCUGCCACCAGAGCAGACGCUUCGCCCUCGGAGUUUGAAAGGAUUUCGACUUCGUCGUGAUGAAGGUCCGGUAUUCUAG